AUGGCCCAGAUCGUGUCAGGCCAGAUCAGGUACACAAUUCCAGAGGAGCUGAAAAAGGGAUCAGUUAUUGGCAACGUAGCUCAGGAUCUCGGUUUGGAUGUGCAAAGGCUCCGUUCUGGCCGUGCCCGUAUCGUGACCAGACAAAGCACCCAGUACACCGAGCUGAAAACAGACAAAGGCAUUUUAGUCGUGAACGAGAGAAUAGACCGAGAGCAGCUUUGUGGAGACGUAACACCGUGCAGUUUCAGCUUUGAAAUCAUUUUAGAAAAUCCAAUGGAGCUACACCGAAUAACAAUCCUGAUUCAGGACCAGAACGACAACCCUCCUCAGGUUCUGUACCCAGUCCAGACUGGUGGCUCUGUGGUGGCUGAGAUGGUGCCUCGUUCAGCAGAUGUGGGCUAUCUGGUGACUAAAGUGGUGGCUGUUGAUGUGGACUCUGGACAGAAUGCCUGGCUGUCCUAUAAACUGCAGAAAGCCACAGACAGGGCGCUGUUUGAAGUGGGCUUACAGAAUGGAGAAAUCAGAACUAUCCGCCAAGUCAAUGAUAAAGAUGCAGUCAAACAGAGACUGACUGUUAUAGUGGAGGACAACGGGCAGCCCUCUCGUUCAGCUACAGUCAUUGUCAACGUGGCGGUGGCGGACAGCUUCCCUGAAGUGCUGUCGGAGUUCACUGACUUUCCACACGACAAGGAGUACAAUGACAACCUGACUUUUUACUUAGUGCUGGCUCUGGCUGUAGUUUCCUUCCUUUUCAUCACGUGUUUAGUUGUUAUUAUAUCAGUCAAAAUCUACAGAUGGAGACAGUCUCGCAUCCUGUAUCACUCCAAUCUGCCUGUGAUUCCAUAUUAUCCACCACGUUACUCGGACACUUUGGGGACAGGGACUCUCCAACACGUGUACAAUUACGAGGUGUGCAGGACGACUGACUCCAGAAAGAGUGACUGUAAGUUCGGCAGAGCUGGUAGUCAGAACGUGCUGAUAAUGGACCCCAGUUCUACAGGAACGAUGCAGCGUAUGCAGAGUGAGAAGAGCAUCCUGGAUGAACCAGAUUCUCCUCUAGAGCUGCAAUUCUAG